AUGGGGUGGGCGAUGCUGGACCGCGGCGGAAACACCUACAAGCUUUCACAUCUAGGUAUGGACAAGUGGGUUCGGCUAGGAGAUCUCCCACUCUCGCUGUCAUGCUCAAGCGAGGCAGUAAAAAUCGACAAGGCAGCGUUGGACGAUGUUGUUGUGUAG